CUGCCUCGUCUCCCUGGCUUGAGGUCACCUGCCUCGUCUCCCUGGCUUGAGGUCACCUGCCAGGCCUGAGGUCACGUGCCUCGCCUCCCUGGCUUGAGGUCACCAGCCUGGCUUCAGGUCACGUGCUUCGUCUCCCUGGCUUGAGGUCACCUGCCUGGCUUGAGGUCACCUGCCAGGCCUGAGGUCACCUGCCUGGCUUGAGGUCACCUGCCAGGCCUGAGGUCACAUGCCUGGCUUGAGGUCACCUGCCUGGCUUGAGGUCACCUGCCUGGCUUGAGGUCACCUGCCAGGCCUGAGGUCACGUGCCUCGCCUCCCUGGCUUGAGGUCACCUGCCUCGCCUACCAGGCCAGGGAUCACCUACCAGGCCAGGGAUCACCUACCAGGCCAGGGGGGGUCACCUGCCAGGCCAGGGGGGUCACCUGCCAGGCCAGGGGGGUCACCUGCCAGGCCAGGGGGUUACCCACCAGAUCAGGGGUCACCUGCCAGGUCAGGGGGUCACCUGCCAGGCCAGGGGGGUCACCUGCCAGGCCAGGGGGGGUCACCUGCCAGGCCAGGGGGUUACCCACCAGAUCAGGGGUCACCUGCCAGGUCAGGGGGUCACCCACCAGGCCAGGGGUCACAUACCAGACCAGGGGGUCACCUACUAGGCCAGAGGGGGGUCACCCACACCUGCCACAGGUCACUUCUGCCACACCUCACCAUAAUGAAAUGAUGAGUAAUGGGUUGACGACUUUUGAAAAGCAGCUUCAAGAUGUGUUCAGCAGGAGGAAGCAGUAAUACCGGAGGUGGAGGAGGACCAAAAGGAGAUGGAGGAGGAGGAGGAGAAGGAGGGGUAGGAGUAAGAGAGGGAGGGAGUGGACAGAGCCUGGGACCAGAGGAGUACACAAAAUUGGCUCGUGAUGGUAUUCAGCUGAUGCUUAACAACAGAUUCACCGAGGCAGAGGAACUCUUCCGUCAUCACACGCAGGACAAUCUCCACAUGGCAAUGGGCUACUGUUACCUCACCUUUAUGAAUGCUGUCAUGUCAUUUGAAGAAGAGAAGGUGACUCACAGCAUGGAAACACUGCGUAGCAUGGAGAGGAGAUGUGGCGGGGGUGAGAAUGGGUGGUUCUCCUCUGUUAAAAGUAUUGUUCUGGGCUCAAGGAAUGGCCAAGAACAAGGGGACGAGCCAGGCUCUCAGCUUGAGCAGCAAGUGAUUCUGGCUGACUGUCAGGUUCUCCUAGCCAUUCUCACAUUCCUCCAGCAAGAGAUUGGUUCCUACGUGAAGGGGGGUUGGGUGUUGCGCAAGGCUUGGAAGGUCUACGAGCAUGCUUACACUAAGGUUAAGAGACUGUACAAGCAAACUUUUGGUGAAGCCCAAGAUGUGCCUACAAAUCUGACAGAGGAGUAUAUUGGCUCUCUCAACACUAGCACAGAUGAACUGCAGAGUCCAGGGUCCUGGUCUGUUGGCUCCACUGGGGUUCCCGGUCCAGCUGCAGAUUUCUCAGAGUCGGGUCACCACUCGGCUCCAUUAUCUUCUUCAACUUCAGCUCUGGGUAUUCGCAUUCCUCUCUCCAAAUCUGUACCCAACUUGAAGGGAUUCCUUUACUCAAACAACAAACACCAACAACAGUCCAAGAACUCAGUGUGUCUAGGAGCAUCAGGUAAAUUAGAAGAGUGUGUGAAAGGGAUGAUGGAAGUUCCAACCCUCGUCCGCCGCUCCAGUCACGCUCUAGAGGCAUUCUUGAUGCGUCGGGCACUCAAGGCCAAAAGUGAAACUUUAACCAAGAACUGCUGUCUUCUACGUGCCUAUGAGCUUCUGUACAUGUGGAAUGCUCUCUCCUCCUGUUCUUUACAGCAUCGCUUGCAGAUGGUUGAAGAGUGCCAGACAAUGGAGGACUGUGGAGACCAUGAAGGUCUUCGACAUUUGAUUGUGGCAGCUAUCCUCGACACUCUGGGUUCUGUAGACGAUGCUGUUGAACACUUUCGCCUUAGUGUGCAGCAUGGACUCCUCAACCCUGAAGAACUGUGUGUUCCGGCCUUUGCAUUGUAUGAGUUAGGUCUCCUCCUGGGUGCUAGUGAUGAGACAUUAGAAGAAGGCAGGAAGUGCCUGGAAGAUGUAAGAGAUAACUACCAUGGGUAUGACUUUGAAAAUCGCCUUAAUGUAAGAAUUCAUGCAGCUCUGAAAAACUUAUCCUAGGAAUGUAUCUUCAUGCAUCUGUGACCUGGAUUCAAAAACUACUCAUCUUGAUUCAAGAAAGGUUUGCAGCUAUUUUCUUCACCAUUUUGUACUAGAAGUUUAUUACAUUUUGGAGAAAAUCAUUUAUAACUAGCUGAGUAAUGUUUGUGAUAAAUGUGUUGGAAGGCCAAGAUGUUUUAUACUGAUUUACAAGUCCAGAUUAUACAAAAAUAACCUGCAUAUAGCAAAGAGAAGCUUAUGACAAUUUUUUUGGUCCGACUUAGACCAUUUACAAGUCACAUCAUUUACAAGUCGGACCAAAACUUUGUCAUAAGCUUCUCUCUCUCCUAUGUGUGGAUUAUUUGUGUAUUCUUCCAGUCAUGUUAUUGUGACUUUUUGUUCUUUAGGUCCAAAUUAGAAAACACUUUGUUUACACCACUCCAUGCUUUGAGUUGUGAGGCUUCUCGCUUGAUCUCAGAAACUUUGCUGCGUAGAAGCUACUGUUAUAAUGGAUGUAAGCUUAAGAAAAUAGAAUUUUGUGUAAAAGGAAAUUCAAUGUAAGCCAUAUUGGCAUGUUAGGUAAACUUAGAUAUGCAAUGAAUAUGUUUAUGUCUAGAGAACGUGUAUGUGAUUUUGCAGUUACCCAAACCAGCUAUAGUAUUUAGGUAGUCUCAUAAAUUAUCCUUGUAGCAUUUGUAGAGAGUAGCUUAUGAUUAACAUUAUGGUAAUUAUUUAAUAUCUACAGUACACAUAAAAAACUCGAAAGAUAGAGAAUCAGUAAUAUUUUUUUCUAAAAAAAUGGAAGAGGAAGUACUUCAUGUUAUUAGGUUCAUUUUACCACCUCUUCCACAACUCUUACCCUGACACUAAAACUUCAAGUUGUCUUGUGUAUACAGAAUGUAAUAAUACAGCU